AUGUCCUCCUACUUCUCCUCCAUAACCUCCUCUUCAGCAAUAUCCAACCUCGGCACGCGCCUCAACUCCCUCCGCCGAGCCAUCACCUCCGACGAAGCAGACGACCCCGAGAACGAAGACUGCUCGCACAUCUCCAACGUCCUCCGCGCAUACUACACCGAGAAAGGCCGCCGCUUCCCCGCAUGGCUCCCACCUGAUCCGAAAGACCGCUCACCAGCUCCAUCGCGCGUAAUCGCAACGUCCAACAACGUCUCGUCCGCCUCCGUGUCCUCAGGGCGGGGCGGGGGCCUUGGUGAUCUGUGGGGUGAUUCUGGCAGCGGCGCCGCCGGCGGACCACCACAGCCGGCCACCUCCAGCUUAAGGCGCGGGAGAGGGCAACCAGGAUCCAACGCGGCAUCUCCUUCUAUCCACUCGUCUGCCAUGUCCGCUUCGUCGUUCCACCCGGCUGGGGGACGGCCGAUGCCUGGGGAGCGCAGUGGCUCGUAUCAGUCUGUUACUAGUGCGGGCUCGGGCUCGUCAGCUGGCUUGGAAAGGGCGACUUCUGCGCAGGAGCGGCUUAGGGCUAGGUUGCAUGGUGGUCGGUCGCCGAGUCCGGGGCAGUUGUCGGAUCCGAGUAUGAGGAGGCCCGUUGGGGCUAGUCCGGGGUCAGGGAGACUUCGGUAA